AUGACAAAGCGUGAGUAGAAUUCUCAACCCGAGAUGUUAGAAGGUGCAAAAUCAAUAGGUGCCGGAGCUGCUACAAUUGCUUCAGCGGGAGCUGCUAUCGGUAUUGGAAACGUCUUCAGUUCUUUGAUCCAUUCUGUGGCGCGAAAUCCAUCAUUGGCUAAACAAUCAUUUGGUUAUGCCAUUUUGGGCUUUGCUCUAACCGAAGCUAUUGCAUUGUUUGCCCCAAUGAUGGCCUUUUUGAUCUUAUUCGUAUUCUGAUCGAAGAAAGAAGGUUUCCAUUCAGUCUCAUAAAGCAAGCACCUCUU